GCGCAGGGUUUCAGAGCAGUGUGCUUUGUCAUGGGUGUCAUCGUCCGCCCCUCAGCUCUCUCUUGGAGCGGCUUUAUAUGCAAAGCUGUGUGCUCACACAUAAACUCAGUGCUACAUUAAGGAGACACACUUUCUGCACACGAUCACAAGGAUCCAGUUCAAUUGCAAUAAGGAUUACUGACAUCAAGAGUAUCUGAGAAACAUAUCCGCCGGAAUAAAAGCGCCCGAGGAAGCGCGAGCGAGUGUCUGGAGUACGCCUGGACUCUUUCUCAUUCAGAGAGGCGUUUGUCAAGAUCAUUUCCUCAAUGCGGGCACAGUUAUGAGAAUGCGUUUGGAGAACUGGGAGAGAGAGCUGUUUGGAUAAGUCUAAGAUCUGCCAUCAAUUCGUAGGCACUCGGAUGAAGUCGCCAGCUCUCUAAAUGCGUCUUCCCGAGCAGCCGAGAACAAUGAGCACCGGCUCUGGCAACUUUCUGCUAGUCCCCAUACCAGAGUACCCGGGCCUGGACUGUGUGCCUAAUAAAAAUGUGAAAAUAGUCGUUCUUGGAGCUAGUAACGUCGGGAAAACAGCCUUAAUAGUACGAUUUUUGACCAAGAGGUUCAUCGGUGAUUAUGAAGCCAACACAGGGGCCUUGUAUUCAAGAAAGAUCAAUCUUGAAGGAGAGCAGGUUUCUCUACAAGUGCAGGACACUCCUUGUGUCUCGCUGCAGGAUGAUGCAGAGGGUCUGUACUGCCAGGAACAGAUUAACCGCUCCAUCUACUGGGCAGACGGCUACGUCCUGGUCUUUUCCAUUACGGACAUGCACAGCUACCGGACCAUUCAGCCGCUCUAUGAGCAUGUACGCCGCAUCCAUCCAAGCGGCAACAUUCCCAUCAUCCUGGUAGGCAACAAGAGUGACCUGUUGCGGGCGCGCCAGGUACCAGCAGACGAGGGCCAGACCCUGGCAGCUGAGCUCGGAGGACACUAUUUUGAGGCUUCAGCCCGGGAGAACCAUGAGGGCGUGCAGGCAGCAUUCCUGCAUUUGUGCCAGGAGGUGAGCCGGGCACUGGGAGGGGUGAACGGAGAGAAAAGGAGGGGAGGACUGCACCUUGCUCGGCCAAAGAGUCCCAACAUGCAGGAGCUGAAGAGAAGAUUCCGGCAAGUGCUCUCAUCUAGAGGGAAAUCAACAACUGCAGUGUGAUGAUUGAGUCACAGGCUGAGGAGUCAAAAAACCCUAACAUGUAUUUUAAAUUGAUUUUUCAUUGCAGUAUGCCUGUAUCUCUAGUAUAUACUAGGGGAAAAAUAAACUUUGAUUUGAUUUUUUACAGAGACGAUCUUUGCCUGGAAGAACACUAAUAUCUAGAAUGAUAUAACGAUAUAUCAUUACUGAUGUAUGAUUAUAAUAUAUUAAUGAUAAAUAAAGAUACGUUAUGUUAAAGAUAUGUUUUUUGACAAUUUGUAAUUUUAGCUCAUAACCUUGUUUUAGCAUUCGUCAGAAAUACAGAGAUGAUGUGUUAUGAAAUGAUUGGCUAAGAAAAUGCCUGGGGCUUGCUUUUUCAUUAUUGUUGUGUGCUAAAGUAAGCUUUGAGACGAGUAGAACUCUUAAACACCCUUAGAUGGAAUUUUUUUUUUUUUAUUUGGAAUAACUGCCCAUGAAUAAGAGCAAUUAUUUUUAGUUAUAAAGUUAUUUCUAAGAUUCCCUGUCUGGCUGAUUUCCAUAUAUAGGAAGAAGGACAAGCAUCUGGUGGUUCUCAUGAACUUUGACUCACUUAGGCUGUGUGAAGCCAAACCAGAGGUUGGGUGAAUGUUUCAUAUUUUAUUCAGUUAUUCUUUUAUUUAUCCUUUCCAACUUGUUAGGGGGAUUACAGCUCGAAGCUGCUUCCCUGUAACGGAUAUUCUUGAAUGUGUUCAUUCAUCGCAAACAGCCUUUGACCUCCAAUCUUGUUCCUUUGACCUUUAACCUUUGAUUUUCCUGUCCUGAUCAGAAGCACAUUUCACUGCAGAGUGUCUCGUUUUUCUAUUGUAAACAAAGAAAAAGUUGUGUAAGUAAAAGUGACAUUUUGAUACA